AUGUCACCAAAGAAAGCUUCAGGGAAGCUAAACAAACUUCUGGGCCGCACUAUGCUUCAUGUCCAAGUUGGAGAUGACCUCAAGGAUUUUGGCGUCCAUAAAGACCUCAUCUGUCAUUAUUCACCUUACUUCAACGCUGCUUUCACCUCUGGGUUUGAAGAGACUAGAACUGGUGUUAUGAAACUUUCUACAACUGAGCCCGAAGUUUUUGAGUUAUUCUACCAUUGGCUAUAUACUCAGGACCUAUAUUUGCCUGCAUGGGACCCAGCGAGUUCGAGUUCCGAGGUGGAUGGCGCAGUUGGCCUGGAAGAGAAUCACAGCAGUUGCACACUUUGCAAGGCAAUUGAUGAUGACGACGAGGACAGUGAUGGUGACGGCUAUGAUAGCGAUUAUGAGGCCUCGCGUGAAUUCAUCAAAGGGCACGAUAACAAUUGCCUUAUCGAUACGUUCCAUAAAAAGCAACUGAAACUGCUCGCAAUGCUCUACGUUUUCGCCGACAUGACUCGAAUUCCCGCAUUGCAAAACCUUUGCUUGGAAAGGUUUUAUAACACAACCAACACAAACAACGAUGUCCCUGUCGAACUGAUCGAAUAUAUCUGGGAGAAUACAGCCGAAAGUAGCCAACUUCGCAAAAUCAUGAUCGACAUGUUAGUAUGGGAACAUCCCGCUAGCAGUUAUGUCACUGCACACAAAGUCAUACCAAAUUCCGUCAAGGAUGAGGUUCUAUUCACCAUGGCACGCCGCUUCAGAUGUACGCGCAUGAACAAGAAAGGUGCAAAGGUUAAUCCUCUGACAGAUAUUACAAAUUAUCAUGUAAAGGUCAAUGAGAAGAUUACCUCCUAG